GAUCAGAAGCCCUGGAUUGUUCCACCUAAAGAGAACCAAAGGCUUUGCUCCAUCCACCCACCUACCCCCACAGAAGCAAAUGGAGUUCAAGCCGAAGGCGACCGUGUGCGCGGUGAUGCUGGUGCUGCUCCUGCUUUCCUCAUACGACAGCGGCGGCGUCGGCGUGGCGGAGGCGCGCAUUUGCACGGGGAAGAGCCAGCACCACUCGUUCCCGUGCAUCUCGGACAAGAGCUGCACCAAGACGUGCCUCAGCGAGCACGGCGCAAAAUGGACGGCCGGCUACUGCAAAUUCAGGCGCUGCACCUGCCAGAGGGAGUGCUAGGGCAGACGCUCCGCGCGGCGAGCUCCACCACCCCCGCCCGUCCAUGGCGCCGCCAGUCACCUAUGUAUCUUAACUACCAUGUACCCACUCGCCGCCUCUGUCGGGUGAUGUAAUAAAACGUGGCGCGCACCCGCCGGCGCGUCACCGGUGUACGUAGCAUGAUGCAUGCCACGCGUUGCUUCCAGUGAUAAAAUCAA